UCUCGUCAACACGGUAGCUUGUACUGUAGAAGCAAUAUAACUAUUGAUGGCAACAAGAGGCUAAAAUAGUGUCUUUAAACUCAAAUUGCGCACAAAAACAAACCAUUUUGAAGUAUUGGACUGAUUUUAACAAUAAUGUCAGAACAGGUCAUCUGAAAAGUACAUCGAUCGACUUUAGCCCAGUGUAUCCUCUCUGGUUAAAAAUAGUCUCUCGCCAAAUUUGACGGUGGUUAUUUGAAAAUGAAUGGAUUUGAUUGGACGGAGCCUUGAACUGACUUGCUAACAUUUUCAGCUGUCAACCACAGUUAAAGUUUAAGGGUGAGAUUCGUAGACCUAGUAUAAUGGCAGAGGCUGUGGCCAAUGUUGCCCGGAGGGUCAAUGCAACCGUGGAGGAAGAGAAAGAUACUCUGGAUCUGUCAAACUGCAAACUGAUCAGUUUCCCAGAUGGCGUAUUCAGGGUCCUCAACAGCGUUGCAGAGAAGAUACACAUCGUCACGUUGGCUGACAAUGAGAUGAAGGGAGUUACUAGCAAAUUUUUCAAAAUCUUCGCUCAAUUGAGAGAACUGGACUUGCACGGCAAUGUGAUCACUAAACUGCCAGAUGUAGUUGGCGAGCUGGAACAUCUGACCAGUAUCAACUUGGCCAACAACAAGUUGUCUGUCUUCCCCGAGAGACUGACGGAGAUCCAGUCACUGGAAAGAAUCAACCUGGAAGGGAAUGACAUCACUGACGUCCCCAUGGAAAAGUUGCAGGCCAUGCCAGCUCUGAAGUGUAUCAACCUGAAGUCAAAUCCUUUGGACAACAACUUGUUAACUGCCAUUCAACAAUUUCCUCAAACAUUUGAAAUUCAAACUACAAAAGACAACUAAGACCUUGUCUUCUUCUAAGAUGGACAGUUUAUCCACACCUAGAGACAAUGAGGAUUGCAUGCUGUGCCUUCAGACUUUUUCAAUAGUACAAUUAGAGAUUCAGAGAUUCAAUUGUUUGGCCUGUAUUUCAUUACAUUUUUUUCCCCCAUCAUGUUUGCUGUAAUGGACCUAUCAAACUUGAGGCCUCUCCAGACCAGGACAUGUGAGCGACUACUAUAGUUGCUGCCAGUACAGAAAGUCCAUUUGAGUUGGGCACAGUUCAGAGAUGACUAGAUGUUGCUGUUUACACUUUUGCGGUAGCCUUUCCAGAGUGCACCAAGAGCUACACCUAGUACAUAGUCCUUAUUAACAAUGGGCUGUUUUCAUCAUCAAAGGAAUGGCAAUUAAGUGCUGCGUCUUUUAAAAAAUUAUGUAUCUUCAACCUAUCAUCAUAACUGGAGAGAUGCUGUCCCUCCUGGUGUAGAGGACAACUAAAUCAAUCCUACUUGGAGAGAUGCUGUCCCUCCUUGUGUAGAGGACAACUAAAUCAAUCCUACUUGGAGAGAUGCUGUCCCUCCUGGUGUAGAGGACAACUAAAUCAAUCCUACUUGGAGAGAUGCUGUCCCUCCUUGUGUAGAGGACAACUAAAUCAAUCCUAAUUGGAGAGAUGCUGUCCCUCCUGGUGUAGAGGACAACUAAAAUCAAUCCUAAUUGGAGAGAUGCUGUCCCUCCUUGUGUAGAAGACAACUAAAUCAAUCCUAAUUGGAGAGAUGCUGUCCCUCCUGGUGUAGAGGACAACUACAAUCAAUCCUAAUUGGAGAGAUGCUGUCCCUCCUUGUGUAGAGGACAACUAAAUCAAUCCUAAUUGGAGAGAUGCUGUCCCUCCUUGUGUAGAGGACAACUAAAUCAAUCCUAAUUGGAGAGAUGCUGUCCCUCUUUGUGUAGAGGACAACUAAAUCAAUCCUAAUUGGAGAGAUGCUGUCCCUCCUUGUGGAGAGGACAACUAAAUCAAUCCUAAUUGGAGAGAUGCUGUCCCUCUUUGUGUAGAGGACAACUAAAUCAAUCCUAAUUGGAGAGAUGCUGUCCCUCCUUGUGGAGAGGACAACUAAAAUCAAUCCUAAUUGGAGAGAUGCUGUCCCUCCUUGUGGAGAGGACAACUAAAUCAAUCCUAAUUGGAGAGAUGCUGUCCCUCCUGGUGUAGAGGACAACUAAAUCAAUCCUAAUUGGAGAGAUGCUGUCCCUCCUUGUGUAGAGGACAACUAAAUCAAUCAGACUGAGUUCACUGGCGUCACCCACUUUGUAGCUUCACAUGUGAAUGGACUGACUUUACUCAUUUAGAAAACACUGAAUAAAUCUUUUUAUUCCAAAUUUG